GAAGAGAGAUAAAUCAUGCGUGAAUGUAUCUCCAUUCAUGUGGGCCAAGCUGGGGCUCAGAUUGGUAAUGCAUGCUGGGAGCUGUACUGCCUGGAACACGGGAUCCAGCCCGACGGACAGAUGCCCUCUGACAAGACUGUUGGAGGAGGCGACGACUCUUUCAACACCUUCUUCAGUGAGACGGGAGCAGGAAAGCAUGUUCCCAGAGCCAUCUUUGUCGACCUGGAACCUACUGUCAUUGAUGAGGUGCGUACAGGAACCUACCGUCAGUUGUUCCACCCUGAGCAGCUGAUUACAGGAAAGGAGGAUGCUGCCAACAAUUACGCUCGUGGACACUACACCAUCGGCAAGGAGAUCAUAGAUCUUGUUUUGGACAGGACACGUAAACUGGCCGAUCAAUGCACUGGCCUACAGGGAUUCCUCAUCUUCCACUCCUUCGGUGGAGGCACCGGCUCUGGUUUCACCUCUCUGCUGAUGGAGAGACUCUCUGUUGAUUAUGGGAAAAAGUCCAAGCUUGAAUUUGCUAUCUACCCAGCACCGCAGGUUUCCACAGCUGUGGUGGAGCCCUACAACUCCAUCCUGACCACCCACACCACCUUGGAGCACUCUGACUGUGCCUUCAUGGUGGACAACGAGGCCAUCUAUGAUAUCUGCCGCAGAAACCUCGACAUUGAGAGACCAACAUACACCAACCUGAACAGGCUCAUUGGCCAGAUUGUGUCUUCCAUCACAGCCUCACUUCGCUUUGAUGGAGCCCUGAAUGUUGACCUGACAGAGUUCCAGACCAACUUGGUGCCCUACCCUCGUAUCCACUUCCCUCUGGCCACCUAUGCCCCGGUCAUCUCUGCUGAGAAAGCCUACCAUGAGCAGCUAUCUGUGGCUGAUAUCACCAACACCUGUUUCGAGCCAGCCAAUCAGAUGGUGAAGUGUGAUCCCCGUCACGGUAAAUACAUGGCCUGCUGUCUCCUGUAUCGUGGUGAUGUGGUGCCCAAAGAUGUCAACUCUGCCAUCGCAGCCAUCAAGACCAAACGCACCAUCCAGUUUGUAGACUGGUGUCCCACAGGCUUCAAGGUGGGCAUCAACUACCAGCCUCCAACAGUGGUUCCUGGUGGAGACCUGGCCAAGGUGCAGAGGGCUGUGUGCAUGCUGAGCAACACCACAGCCAUCGCUGAGGCCUGGGCCCGUCUGGACCACAAGUUUGACCUCAUGUACGCCAAGAGAGCCUUUGUCCACUGGUAUGUUGGGGAGGGAAUGGAGGAGGGAGAGUUUUCAGAGGCCAGAGAAGAUAUGGCUGCCCUGGAGAAGGAUUAUGAAGAGGUUGGUGCUGACAAUUUGGACGAGGAGGAUGAUGGAGAAGAAUACUAACUUUCCUUAAGCCUGCAUUUAAGACAACAUACAAAUCUGUAGUUGACGAAAAUGUAUCAAACUAUGAAUACACUAACAAAGUUACAAUUUGAAUUAGAAAAUAAUACAUUGUAUUAAUCCCUAUUAACAUAAAGUAAGAGUAAAAUGGAGAACUAAAAAUACAAUGAUAUGGUUAAACUGACAGUAUUUUCUGCUUACUGUGUAAUACACUGACAAAACAAACCUAAUCUCAAAUCUUAGGUGAACAUCUUAAAACUUGAAAACAUGAGGUUGACAAUUAAAUCAUUUGUUCUGCCAACAUCUGAGCACAUUGCAUUCACACUGAAAGCAAAAAAAAACUUAGCUUUCUUUGGGUGUUUAAUGGUCGCUUCUUUCUGCAGUUAAGACAGAGAAAUUUAGACCAAACCCUCUCUUCUGUUCACCUCCCCCAACAUCCUCUCCCAUGAGGAAUGUAAGUUAUGAAAGGGCUCCUAUGUCAGUUUCUAUAUACCAUUCAGCUGUGACUCUGUGAGAACGAGAACGGGAGAAAAUAACUGACAAAGUCACUGACUGGUGUUGUUUGUCUAGCUCAUACUCAGACUGUGGCCUGCAGCAACAAUAGGAUCCCAGUUCAGCUAUGUAUGAGUCA